CCCAGUUCCUUCAGACGAGUCUGAAUCCUCGAGCAGAGACGUGCCCGGUGGUAAAGCUGCUCGAGAAGUCGGAAAAAACCGGUGUCCCUAGUGUCAGUAUUCUCAGAUAGCAAAUUUCUAAAACGAGUCACAGUUUCGUACCAGUUUAUCGACGAGUAAUAAAGUGGCUGAUAAAUAAACGAUAGUGACUGUGGUGAUGUUUGUGUCCGAGUAUUGAACAGCUGCAGAGGUGUGAGGAUAUACCAUCAGUCAUCAUGCAAGCAACGCAGCCAGUGAGUCUCCAGGCGCAGAGGAUCCAAGGUCUCUACCUUCUGGACAGCCACGACAGUUCCGGCAUUCCCCACAGCACAGGUAGCUCGGCCAGCAACUCCCCUGACCAUUACGAGAGAUUCUCUCCUCCGACACACCUGAUGGAUCUGAGCAGUCCUCCGGAACACAGGGACCUGCCAGGGUACCAGACUCACCAUCACCAUCAUCAUCAUCAUCAAGUGUUGUACCAGCAGCCCACCUACCUGAUGUACGAGAAUCCAGAGGACGAGAAGAGGUACCAGGAGCACCCCAAUGGGAAAGUCCUGAGGGACCUCCAGACAGACUACGACAGACGCAUCCACGACAAUUCUCCAGGCUUUCUGUCGGACCACAGCAGGGACCACGAGCAGAAUCUUUACCUGACACCGUCCCCCCAGAUGUACUCCUCCGGCGGCGAGGAGAUCGUGUCCAGGCAGUCGCAGCAGGGCUACCACCACGUGGACUCCGUGGAGUACAAGCCUGACGUCCUGGAGUACAAGCCGGACGUUGAUCAGCAGAGGUACAAGCAGCUGGAGAUGAGUCAGAUCAGUGAACCGUCUUCCUCGACCAAGAGCUACAUUGUUGAGGGGUCCAGGAACGGUGGCAAGAGGAAGAGGAAGACCAGUAGUAUCGAGAACGAGUCCGAGACGGAGAGCAACGCUUCAUCCACGAAGAGCAAGGUGAGAAGAAAGAGCGGUGCUACCUUCGAGGAGGUGCAGAACCAAAGGGUGAUGGCCAACGUCAGGGAGAGGCAGAGGACACAGAGCUUGAACGAGGCCUUCGCAGCCCUGAGGAAGAUCAUACCAACGUUGCCUAGCGACAAGCUGAGCAAGAUACAGACGCUGAAGCUGGCCACGAGGUACAUCGACUUCCUGUUCCAGGUGUUGCACUGCAACAUGGAGAACACCGACAGCGGAGACGACAGUGGAGAAAGAAAUUCAAGAAGUGCAGUAUUGGCAGCCAGAGAAAUAACUUCAUCUUCCUGCAGCUAUAUGGCCCAUGAAAAACUCUCCUAUGCCUUCAGUGUAUGGAGAAUGGAGGACGACUGGAACUCGAACAUAUGAAGAAUACUGUUCUUCUUACCUGAAAACCAGGUAAACGUUACUUAGUAAAAAGAAGGAACGUUGAUUUCCUAUUUUCGCUGGUUCGAAAAUAUCGAAACUCCUGUUGCGUACAGUGAUUACUUGGUAAAAGACAAUUGUUGUAACUUUAGAAAUGGAAGAGAAGUCCAUGAUUUCUCCAAGUGAAUGAGAAUUUCAAAUCUAUGAGUUUCUGUGAAUUCAAGUGCAAUCAAAAGCUUGGAAAAAUCACUUAAAACUUAAUAAUGUGAAAGUCUGAAAAUUAUAUUACAAUUGAACCAAAGAUUGUUUUGCCAUUGAUGAAUGUUCAAGCAUGUUGCUGCUUGAUUUUCUGGACCAAAGAAUAUUCUCUUGAUAAAGAGUACAGAAUACUGUCACACUCCCUUCAGUGUUCUUUGAUUACUAAUUAACACAUUCAAUUUCUUGUUAUUGUCAGAUGAAUCUGAAGUAUUGGCAUUUCUCUAUUGUUUCCUUGUUCUGUACUUUUCUAAGUUAUUAAUGUUAAUAAGAAGAAACUAUAGAGGAUUCUUUUAGUUAAGCCUUAUCUUAUAAUAAUAUACAAAUUUUCAUUUUAAAAAUAGCUUAAUUUAAUUCAUGAUCACAAAACUGGAGCAGCUAAUAUAAAAUAAACUUCAAGUAGUCUGAAUAAAAUCAUUUCUUCCAAAGCAUGAAGUGGAAAGGACUGAAUUUCCACAAAAACAGCGUGUUCCUUUCAAAAUAUUUCCCUCCAAAUAUGUAAAGGAGGUCCUCCAUGUACAAUGAAACCGUUGAAUAGACGAUUAUGGCUGGAAUUCCCAAAAUGAUUUCCCUUUGCCAGUUUCGGUACCCCUCGAGGCGGUGGUGGCGAAUCCGUUAGGGUAAAUUUAUGGCUCCUCGAGGCUUUCGUUUACCAGGAAAAUCGUCGACCUGGUCGCGUGCUUAGCAAAUAACUGCUAUACCCUGAUGGAAAACCAAACAACCCGUUGAAGAUUCCCGAAACAUUGUUUAAAUCUUCAACGAUGCUGCUUUCGUUUUCAUAAAUUCUUAGAUCAAGCCUCGUCAGAGGUUCUUCCGAGACAGUUAAUGUUCCUCUCCCCGUCAUCGGGACAGACAGUAGCGUCGUUGCUACAAUUUUACGAGUUCUUUUUUGUGUUUCUUUUACGAUGCCGGGCGAGCUAGCGUCUCGACGUUAUGGAAACAAGCCUUAACCGGUGCCGACGGUUAAACAAAACAACGGGGAGAUGAGCAUUAAUGAGCAUUUCGGCGCCCAUAGGUCGGUUAGAAUAUUGUUUUUCUUCUUCUUUUUUUUUCUUCGAGAACUGCAAUCCUUUUAUAGGACGGUCGGGUCCGAUAUUUGGUACGUAGGUUCCUCCACGUUUUUGCUGACUUUCCGCGUGGAUGUUUCGAAGGCAGGCUCGGUUAUUUUAAACCGAGAAGGCAAGAAGGAAAAGUUUCAGCCACGGUUUGACUCGCUUAACGAAGACACGCUACGUUAAAUCCGCCAGCCUCUUUAUUGCCGCACUGAAUCUUCCUGAAAAAAGCCAAACGAGGUGCCAUCAGUGGUCCCCUUACAUUCCCUUCUGCUUCUAGCAGUUUGAUUGAUUCUCCAUUCGAGCCUUCGAACCCUAACCUAACCUCAGGAGCUGAGGAAAAUUUCUGAAAAUUACAAGCUCGAAAUUUCUUCUUUCCAUUCUUUUGUAAAAAUCUUGUAUCAUAGUUCCCUUCUGCUUCUAGCAGUUUGAUUCUCCUUUCGAGCCUUUGAACCCUAACCUAACCUCAGGAGCUGAGGAAAAUUUCUGGAAAUUACAAACUCGAAAUUUCUUCUUUCCAUUCUUUUGUAAAAAUCUUGUAUCAUAGUUCCCUUCUGCUUCUAGCAGUUUGAUUCUCCAUUCGAGCCUUCGAACCCUAACCUAACCUCAGGAGCUGAGGAAAAUUUCUGAAAAUUACAAACUCGAAAUUUCUUCUUUCCAUUCUUUUGUAAAAAUCUUGUAUCAUAGUUCCCUUCUGCUUCUAGCAGUUUGAUUGAUUCUCCAUUCGAGCCUUCGAACCCUAACCUAACCUCAGGAACCGAGGGAAAUUUCUGAAAAUUACAAAUUCGAGAUUUCUUCUUUCCAUUCUUUUGUAAAAAUCUUGUAUCAUAGUAAAUAUACCUCUCUUAAUUAUAAACAAUCAAGCGCCUUUCGAGUGCCUUGAACAUACAGCUAAACAUACCAAAAAUUCUGUACAGUGUAGGCUGUUAAAAUAGUUUUUAAGAUGUAUAUUCUAAGGAAGAGACUGUAUCAUAAGAGAUAAUGUAUAUUUUUAUCUUAGCGUUAAGUUAAGCUUCUUUAGCUGCAACGGUGGCCGGAAAACGCAAUAAUUUAUUAUUUUUUUUCUUAAAAAAAAAUAUUUUGAGCGAUGACUAUUCCUGUAAAUUUUGUAAAUAGUAAUAAUCUUUAAUUAAAUGAUGGUUCUUAUAAAUUUGUUCAACAUACUUCAUUGUAUUAUUAGACUAAGAAUAACAAAACUGGACAGAUUUUUAGUUUAAUAAAAAUUUUGAAAAGAAUGCUAAAAGAAUAUCUUCUAUCCUUCCAGAGGGAUGAACUCUAAUUUCCCUAUGGUUCUGUUAGUUGAUACAAUGAAAACUUGGACUUUCAUUCCUUUAAACGAUGCCAAUAUGCAUUUGUAAUGUUAUUACCAGCAUGUACUCGCGCGUCUUUCUAAUGUACAGUAUUUUUAUAUUAAUUUUUGAUGACGAGCCUUGCAAUAAAAUUAUCAAUGAACUUUA